AAAUGAUGCCGGUUUACAAGACAACGAGGUUUCUUAAGAAUUGUAUGUUUUUAGCCUAUAUUUUUUACAGAUUAGACAAAGACUGUAAUCUUACUAUAUGGAUUUUGUCAUAUAGGCUGGAUAGCGUAUUGAUUUAUUUCCUAUUCUGGGCAUUUUAUGGUGUCGCCGAAAUCAGGAAAAGAAUUACAUCCGUUUGCUUUAAGAUUAUCACCAGGGCUAAAUGACCAGUAUCUUUGGAUCGUGUUAUUUAAGUGUCCAUGUCCUUCAAAUUAUAGAACCGCACCUCGUGUCAGACUGGUGUCUAUAUAAAUAAAUAAAUAAAUAAAUAAAUAGGAUAGCAUAUAGUCUACAAUUCAUGCUACUGCAGUCUGAUGCCUAAAUGAUUUACAUCUUGACAAUGACACGGUGGGGUGGAACCCAUGUGGGAUGCGGAUUUAAUUAAAUUGUUUUAUUUAAAAAAUGUCGUGUUUCGCUCGUGUCAUCAUUUACACAUUUGAACAUAGUGAACAAUAGUUUCGGCGACUGUUGGUUAAUGAUGCAAUUACGCAUGGCGCAAGCUCUGCGCAAAAUUGUACCGUGCCCAUAGCUACACACGUGUCUUUUGUUUCCAUGAUAAUAUAUUUACAAAAAUAAAGUGUUACAGUAAAACUAUGUUCACUCAUUACAUAGUAACUAGUUGUCAGUGGCCAAUGUUACAUGGCUCUUGGGGGCACAGCCUAUAUUCUAUAACCUACAAAAUUACAAAAGAAUGAAUUCAUUUUCUCGCCAAUAAAUAUACUUGCCUAAAUGGAUACACGUGGUGGAAUAUUACAAAUGCCUUAGAUUUCCAGACCAGAUUUGCCUUUGCGCCAUUGUUAGGAAUGCGAUUUCUGGCUGAAGGUUGGGAGACAGACACAGAUGCCGGUGUGGUAUUUUUCCACUCCUUGUGAUGAGUCAAACCCCACCUCCUGAUGGUCACAUGACCCGAUUUAUGUGUUGCUGGGCUGCGGCUCUCGCCAUGUAUUGAUUAUUCAUCUGCCAGAGGGAAAAAAAUGACUUGCCCUGUUUGAGUAUAGGGAAAGGACUAUAUGUGACGCAUUCAGAAUAAAUGUUAAAUAAAUGUGUUUGCCGUUCUUUGCUCUGCAGGAUGAAAGAAAUCACAAAAACAGAGAUGAGCCGGUUGAACAUCACACCGGACGAAGACAGCUGCGCUAGUUCAAAUAGCAAUGAAUUCAGCAGUUACCAGGAUUGUCCCACCAAGAAAGUCCCCAUUGGCAGUAACCAAUUUGGUGAUGCCAUGGAUGCAGAGAGCCAGAACUUCCUGCCUGAGUACCACUUGGACAAGAAAAAAUAUGCGACAGACUAUGAUCCUGGCUCAGCCUCCUUUGGGAUGUCCGUAUUUAACUUGGGCAACGCCAUCAUGGGGAGUGGCAUCUUAGGUCUGUCCUAUGCCAUGGCCAACACCGGCAUUGGACUGUUUGUGAUUCUUCUGGUGGCUGUGUGUAUUUUCUCCCUCUACUCGGUACAUCUGCUGCUUAAAACUGCCAAUGAAGGAGGCUCUAUGGUGUAUGAGCAGUUGGGCUAUAAAGCAUUUGGGAUGCCAGGGAAGCUGGCUGCAUCUAUUUCAAUCACCAUGCAGAACAUUGGAGCCAUGUCGAGCUACCUUUUCAUUGUGAAGUACGAGCUGCCAAUUGUGAUUCAGUCAUUUACCGGAGAUUCCAAUGGGGAAUGGUAUACCAAUGGAGACUACCUGGUAAUGAUUGUGUCUGUGGCGAUAAUUCUUCCCCUGUCACUGCUGAGGAACUUGGGUUACCUCGGUUACACAAGUGGCUUCUCCCUCCUCUGCAUGGUCUUCUUUUUGAUUGUGGUGAUCUACAAGAAGUUCCAGAUCCCCUGCCCCCUCACCAACGACAUCCUCAACGCAACCAUAAAUGCUACCGUGGCCCAGAUUAAUGCUAACGCUAACGUCACUGACUACAGUGCUGAUACGUGCACUCCAAAAUACUUUGUCUUCAACUCUCAGACCGUGUAUGCUGUGCCAAUCCUGACAUUCGCCUUUGUGUGCCACCCAGCCAUCCUGCCUAUGUAUGAGGAGCUGAAGGAUCGCUCUCGCAGAAAGAUGCAGGGUGUGGCCAAUGUCUCCUUCCUGGGAAUGUUCAUCAUGUACCUGCUGGCUGCUCUCUUUGGAUACCUGACCUUUAAUGUGCAUGUGGAGCCUGAGCUGCUGCACACCUACUCCAAGGUGUACAAGUCUGACGUGGUCCUGCUCAUUGUCCGCCUGGCCGUUCUGACUGCUGUGACGCUGACCGUCCCCGUUGUGCUUUUCCCUAUCCGUACCUCUGUCAACGCUCUGCUGUGCGCCUCCAAGGAGUUCAGCUGGAUACGGCACACCAUCAUCACUGUGAUGCUGCUGGUAUGCGUCAACAUCUUGGUCAUCUUCGUGCCCACCAUCCGUGACAUCUUUGGCUUCAUUGGGGCCUCCGCUGCUGCCAUGCUCAUCUUCAUCCUGCCCUCGGCUUUCUACCUUAAACUGGUCAAGAAGGAGUCCAUGAGGUCUAUGCAGAAGAUUGGGGCGUCCAUCUUCCUGGUCAGUGGCUUCAUCGUCAUGAUUGGUUGCAUGACUCUCAUCAUCCUGGACUGGAUCUCCCGAGCCACUUCCACUGAGGCAGUUGAUGAUGGCCACUAGGAGGCGGUGUUUUUGGAAGGGUAGAAGCACUUCACAUACACCUGCUUGGAGCACAAGGUCGGCACCAACCGCUCAGCCCCUUCAUGUGGAUAAAAAACAAAAGAUCCGACUGCUAAAAACUGCUAUGGUAAGGAAGACGCUGAAGAGGAAGAUGAUGAAGAAUAGUGUUGCUCUCAUAUGACAGCACAGAGCAGAAAAACUAUACCAUUCUGAAAGAAUGUCCUGAACUUUGUACAGUAUGCUGUUAGGCCACAAAGUUGGCAUUAUGACUUUUUUUUUCUUAUGUUUAUGUGCUUUUUUGUUAUUAUUUUCAUUUUUGUUUUAUUGUUUUUGUGUUUGAUGUUUUUGCUUUAUUUUGUUGUUGUCUUUUUUUUUUUUUAAGUAGUACUGGUACGGUUUUAUCUAUCUGAUGGUGCCUCACUCAAAGAUUGUAGUCAACUUUUUUAGACAUUGCAGCUCACAUUCAGGUGAUUAUCUGAAUGUGGGCCUUUUUUGUCUUCGAUGUUCUGGAUUGGCUUUGAGUUGGAUAACGUAACCAAAGCCAGGGUGAGCCUGGCACUCAAAAGAGGCAACAGCAUUGAAUGCAGACCGCACACUCUAUUCAAGGCAAAACAAGAGAAUUUGUCAUCUUUUUUUACGGUUGCCAAAAAUAUUUCUUACUGGUGUUUGUGUAUUUAAAAAACACUUAGUAUUCAGCACACAUGUGAAAGUCUGUCGGUGCACAAAUUGCUAGACAAGAUGAACAGUAUUUGUUACAAAGUCUUUGGCCUUGUUGACCAACUUUACUUGUAAAUUACUCCAAUAAUGAAAUGAACAAGAAACUGCUUAUUCAUAGUUGCUCACUGGAAGCUGGGUGUGAAAUAGCCAGUGAUUUUUCUUUUAUUAAAUAACUAUCACUAUGUAACCUUAUCCAUGAAUCGGGCAGAAAAAAACUAGUUUAAGACUGGACACGUUUGCUGUUAGAUCUCCCACCAAGUGUGGAGCACUACAUUUAGUUUCUUUAAGGAACAGUGAAUCUUUAAAGAAAUAUAAUUUUUUUUAUUGUUUAAGCCACAUGCUGUGGUUGUAAUGUACCUGUAUAACUUGCAAAGAAGAAAAAAAAACUGUGCUUUUUUUUUAACUGUAAAACCGCACAUAACCAAAAGGAGGGUACGUUAUACUGGCUUCCAUGAGGGGCUGUAUCCGUGCAAUUGAAGGUUCACCGCAAGUUUGUCACCAUUGCAGUGUUUAUUGUUGGCAGCUUCUCAAUGUGGAACACUCAAAUGGAGAGAGAGAAAAAACCCGAAAGGAGCUUAAUGAGAACACGUCAUGUCUGCUUGUCACCUUGUUGUCUGCCGCUUGUGCCCAGAAAUGUCAUUUUUGCAGGCACAUCGGGAGAGGCAUUUCACUGUGCUUCCAGUUGCUAACCUCAAACGACAAAUGUCAUCCAAAAUGUUACUGUCCAGCAUUAUUUAUGAGAGAACAUCAAUGUAAUUUAAUCUAUUUUACUAUAUUUAUAUAAUGUAAAUAUGUGUAUAUAUGUUUUAUUUUGUUUGAGCUUUUUUUUUUCAUUUAAGUGGCAGUUGAAGACUUUUGAGAGCUGUCAGAACAUGUCACAGUAGUCUUGUCAUAAAUUAACAUGCCCUCUUACUGGUACAGAACAAUGCCGUGGCUGUCCUCCACUCUCCUGUCCCCUCUGCUGCCACCACUAGCUCUAACUGUGCUACUGUAAUUCUUAACUGAAUCCUACUUUAAAGUCAAUGAACGUGGUUUACAUCAGUCAGUUGGUGUGCUCUUUGGAGCACACUAUGGGUUGACCCAGCACACUUUAUUCACUGUUAAAAAUGCUGUACUCCUUUGGAAGGGCCUGCGAGAGUUUUGAAAGAUAUCAUGACCAUGUAAAGGAGAGGGCAUCCCUACAAGUGCUACACUCUUGUUUCAAUGAAACACUAUGUAUAUCCUGUAAACAUUAAAAGACAAACAUAACCAAAA